UGUUGCACUUGUGUCUUAAUCUUGAACUUACCAGUAGUUUAAAUAAUUUUCAACAAUACAGCUUGUGCUGUGUUGGCCCUUAAUAUAAACAACAACAAUAAAAUUGUUGGUUUCAAUUUUCAAAGUUUGUGAGUAUCUAUGUCAUACAAAGGAAAGUGAAUUGUUGAGAACAGUCUUCCUUCCAUAGGAUAAUUAGAAGGCAGUCUUAAGUAUGGAUAAGUUUGUCAUUCGCAGACCAAGAGGCUCACCAGUAGUAAGUCCUACGAAAAAGGGCUCCCAUUUGAAGCAAGCAACUAUUGAAUCACUUAAGGGCGUUGUAAUAAUAGAAGAGCUGGAGAGAGCAAAAGUUGUUUUGGAACGAAGUGACACUUCUUCAGAGUUGAAGGUUGACACACUGCAACACCUGAAGUGCAAGAAGCCAGCAAAGGAAAUUCUUAUUAAAACACAAAUAGGAAAAACAGUUCACAGGUUGUGUAAGUCCAAGGAUACAGAUGUUGCAGAAGCAGCAAAGGAAGUUUAUAGCUUGUGGAAGGAACAUAUACUCAGUAAAGUCAACAGAUCACUGAUAGAGGUCAAAUGUGACCCUAAGACAGAAAGUUUUCGCAAGACUGCACGACGAAUGUUACUGGAUUCUUUAAAGAAAACUGAGGGUGGAGAUCAGCAAGAACAUAAUGAACCACAAAGAGACAAGACAGAAAAUGAUCAAGAAAAAUGUAAAUCAAAGAAGGCAGAUGAAAAGAUGAAACAUGGCUGUAGCAAAGACAAUUAUGACUCCAUUGAAGUGCUCGCAGAGUACAUAGAGCGAGAUGUUUAUCAGGCGACUCGGAGACUAGUUAACAAUACUUACCGUCGCACCAUCAGGAAACUUGUAUUUACUCUCAGGCACAAGAGUGAUGUGAGAUACUCAGUUACUUCAUCAGCCUUACCUGUAGCAGAACUUAUAAAACAACACCUGAAAAGCUGAUCAUAUUGUAAUUUGGUUGAAUUUUUUUUUAUCUUUAAUAGUUGCAUGUUAUAGGCAUUUAGGGUUGUUCAUGAACCUGUUGUGUAAAAGCCUUGAAUGAUAGGAUUUUAGACUUAUUUAUUCAACCUGUUUUUAUUUUUUAAUUAUUUUAGUGUAAAUUUUAAACUAAUUUUCUGUAAAGUAUCAAUUAAUGACUCCUAGCUUUUUUAUUAAUGUCUCAGUUACUCUGUAUUUAUUAACUUGAAAAAAUAUCAGUUUAACAUUUUAAUGUAAGAAACCUCAUAAAUAAGAAUAUAUUUUUGACUACAUUUAAAUAUAAAAAGUGUGUGAAUACUGUAUUGUCAAAAGUUAUUCAUAUUUUCAAACUAUAAAUAUGUAUAAGAAA